AUGCCUGCCGCCGGACUCCCCCGACACCAACAGCUCCAGCACCCCCGAGCCCGGAGCAUGACGCCCACAUCCCGCACGCUGAUUUUCCUAUUUGUCACACUGUUGGUGUUUCUCCUCAUCAUUGGUGAUAUCGCACAAGUGGAAGAAGAGGAAGAAGAAGCCUCAAAUCCCAGCUUGUCCAAAACGAAGCGGCUCUUCCCGAAACCACGCAGAAAGACGGCAAAACGAGUGGGAAGCACUUUAUCGCCACGAGUGGCUGAAAUAAACCACUUUCAACCGGGCUACAACAAUAGCGUCAAGUGUCCCUCAUCCAGCUGGACCUUCAACAAGACCCUCUCUAAGCUCAUCAGGAAGAAUAUCUUAAGAUUCCUCGACCCAGAGCGGGACAUCUCCAUCCUAAAGGGCUCGCUGCAACCGGGAGAUGUCGUCCACUACGUUUUUGACCGUCACAGCACCACUAACAUCUCGGAGAAUCUCUACCGUCUUUUGCCUAGCGUGUCACCUAUGAAGAAUCAACGCUACAGGCGGUGCGCCAUCGUCGGGAACUCGGGUAUUCUGCUCAACAGCAGCUGUGGCCCGCAAAUAGACUCCCAUGACUUUGUAAUCAGGUGCAACCUGGCACCGGUGGAGGAAUACUCCGCCGACGUGGGCCACCGGACCAACUUGGUGACCAUGAACCCUUCUGUGGUGCAGCGAGCAUUCCGUGACCUGGCGGACGGCGAAUCUCGGCGUAGUUUCGUGAGGCGUCUUCAGAGCCUCAACGGCAGCGUGCUGUGGAUUCCGGCCUUCAUGGCCAAAGGGGGAGAGGAGCGCGUGGAGUGGGCCCUGCGUCUCAUCCUGCAGCACACGGCGGACGUGCGCACCGCAUUCCCCUCGCUGCGUCUGCUGCACGCCGUCAGAGGCUACUGGCUUACCAAUAAGGUCCACAUCAAGCGUCCAACUACAGGGCUCCUCAUGUACACCAUGGCAACCCGCUUCUGUGAGGAAAUCCACCUCUACGGCUUCUGGCCUUUCCCUCAUGAUGCAGCCGGCAAAGUGGUGAAGUACCACUACUACGACACGCUCAAAUAUGAGUACACCUCCAGCUCCAGCCCGCACACAAUGCCUUUGGAGUUUAGGACGCUGAACGCUUUGCAUCGACAGGGGGCGCUAAGGCUUCACACUGGAAGCUGCGAUACGGAGUCGAAAUCGCAGAAGGAAAACCAGGAAACUAACAGAGUGGAAUAUCACAAUGGAAACACUUGA